AAUUAUUCCUAGUGCAGAAUGUUAAGAGGAGAUGGAGGUGGAUCUUGGCUUUGUUGAACCUUGUCACCCAUGGCAAGUGCAGAGUAAAUACUUCCCUAGCAAAGUUGGCAGUGUUCCUGCAUGGCUGAACUUGAAAGAUCUCCCCCAUCCAUCUGAACUUCAGUGUGGGGUCUGUAGGUCUCCUUGCAUUUUCCUCUGCCAGAUCUAUGCCCCAGUUGAAGACUGUGAAACAUGCUUCCACCGAAUUCUGUUUGUCUUCUUGUGCCGAAAUCCAAGUUGUUGUGCUCCAGAACAUCAUGGGAAAAACUUCGUUAUUUUUCGGAACCAGCUGCCACGUGUAAAUGACUUCUAUGCUCCAAAGCCCCCAGUAGAGCAGGAGCAAGAUGCUGAUUGUCCAUCUGCCUCUGAUCAUGUGCCUCUUUGUUGGAUUUGUGGAUGUCUUGGGAGGAACAGUUGCAGCUCCUGUAAAAUUGCUCAGUAUUGCUCACGAGAGCACCAAAGGAUGGACUGGAAAAAGAAACAUAAAAGUGAAUGUAAAGAUGAAGCAUGGAAACAAGACUGCAAGCAAAAUGAGAAGUGCCAUAUUGGUGAUAAAGGUGGGAUCCUGUUUCCUCAAUAUCAGCUUGUGAUUGAAGCUGAGGAGCAAGCACAAAAUGAUGUGAAAGUGGAGAAGUCCGAAGAAGAGCUCUUAAAGGAAUUCCAAAGCCUCAGUGACACUUUGGGUGCUUCCAGGAUAGAUGAAAAGGAGCUGUUGGCCAUGGCAUGCAAGGGAGAGGAGGAUCGAGUGUUUCAGCAGUUUUCAGAGACCAUCAAGAGGGAGCCAGAACAAGUAAUCCGGUAUUCAAGGACAAGUAGUCCCUUGUGGGUUUCAGAUAAAAAGAGGCCAUCUGAAUCUGAUAUUCCACCCUGUCACUGUGGUGCUCCAAGAAAAUUUGAAUUCCAGAUCCUUCCACAAAUGCUGAUUCACUUGCGGGUGGAUGAACGGGAUUCAGAGAGCAUUGACUGGGGAACAAUUGCCUUCUUCACAUGUUCUCAGGAUUGUCAUCAAGACUCCUGUCCACCCUAUCACAAGGAAUAUGCUUGGCUUCAGCAGUUCACAGGAUAUUCCAAAAUAAAUUGAAUUUAGUUGCUUU